AGUUUUGUAAAAGCGGGCAUAUGUACUAAAGUAUUAUAUUCGAAUAUACAGGAAUGUGAAUAAAAUAUAUUUUUUUAAAGUUGAUUUAUAAAGCAGUUUUUGGGGAACUACCUAAAAUUUCGUGCCAGUGUUUUUACUCUUGAAGAAGUUUCCGUAUCACGAUCAGGAUAGAUCUUCUCUCGUAAUAUUUAUUUUUUAGACCAUCGACAAUCAUAAAACCGCUGCAAAAAACAACAUACGAAAAGAACAAAAUGUUAUCACGAUUUUGAACAAGUUGUAUUUUGUUGGAGGCAUAAGGCAGAGUACUUGGUAAAGCAGUAAGCAAGAAGCAAUUGUCACAAAUAAGUUUGGUUAUUUAUCUACGAUGAUUGAACCGGUAAGUAUAAGCAGUUAUUUGAUAAUAUAAAGUUGCGAAAAUGUUUGUUUAAUGUAUUCUGCUUUACAUACGCAUUUCUGUGUUUCAUUAUUACGUUAUUUAAUUAUUUUUUCUUACCAGCUCUCACCUGAGAAUUUGCAAAUUAUUAGUACCAGUUUAAUGAGUCUAGCAUGUGUAUAAUGGCAACGGAGUCCUGGCCCUUAGUCACUUUCUCCAACAGAGUGUCUUUCGUUGCCGCCUUUAUUUUUAAUACAGAACGUUGGGGUUAGUUCUUUGUGAUUUUAACAGCUUGUAAAUCUCCUACAGUGAGCCUUGAUCUUCUUUUACAUGCUUUCCAUUUCCUGCAGGAAAAUUCCUGGUUCGGCGCAAUCAACCUGUUCCUUAAUAGUUGGAUGAUCGCAUCAUCUGCUGGUUAUAAUGGGAUGAUUUUUAAUCCCAUGACACCAGUUUUGGUAAAUAUGUUCAAUCAGACCUAUGUGAGUCGCCAUGGUAUUCCGAUGCCUUCUUCAGUCUCCACGACGAUAAUGGCCGUCGUUAAUUCGUUUGUAUUUGUCGGAGCAAUUGUCGGCGGUUUUUCGACUAAGUUUCUGUUAGGCUGGUUUUCCCCAAAGAGGGUCAUGCAGCUGGGUCACGUGGUUUGUUUGCUAUCGAUUCUGGUAAUGGCGCUGAUAACUGGACUCACAGGAUCCUACGAAGUUCUAAUUAUCGGUCGGUUUCUCGCUGGUUCUGUUGCGGGUAUAUCAUACUACGUGCCGUCACUUAUGAUUGCAGAAACAAGCGCCCCAGCAAAGUUCGGUUUCUGGCAGAGUGUCGUGGGGUCUUCUAUCGCCUUUGGCAUUUUGGCGGCUGCAAUUUUGGGUCAUCCUCAGGUCCUUGGCACAGCAACGCUUUGGCCCGUCGGAAUUGCACUGACUGGCGUACCUUCUAUUAUUUAUCUCAUCGGAAGUAUUUGGUUGCCGGAGUCGCCGUUUUAUUUAAUCCGAAUGAUGAGACAGGACGAAGCGGUUGAAGUUCUCCAACAGAUACGAACCGGAACGAAGGAUGAUAUAUUGGAAGAAAUUGUGAAAAUAAAAAGUGAAAUGAAAGACGUUGAACAAGUCGGUAUCAAGGAAAUGCUAACGAACAGAGGAUACAGGAAUCAAUUCUUGGCAGUUCUUGUUGUCUACUCUAAUGUGGCAUUGGUGGGAGUACAUACAUUCGUUUUCUAUUCAGAUCAGCUCUUUCUACAAGCAGGCAUUGUCGCUGAGAAUGUGACGUUCGCAACCAUUGGAGUUUUUGCCUUGUCUUUUAUUGCUUCCGUAUUCGGGUCAAAAAUCGUCGAUCGUUUCGGAGGCUACAAAGUUAACAUUACAUGUAAUGGCAUCCUUAUCUUUGCAAUGGUGCUGUUCACUAUAAGUCAAGCUACUGCUCACCUGGCACCAUUGGCAAUGCCUUACGUGGCGAUCAUUUCAGUUGCUAUAUACAUGUGCGGGUGGUCUGGUGGAACUAACUUAGCAGUCUUUGCGUUGGUAAGCGGAGUAACAGUUGAGCCGACCAGAGCAACUGCAUAUGGAUACGCCUCGAUGUUUUUGUGGUUGUUUUCCUGGUUUGGCGCUUUUAUACCUCCGUUUCUACAGAUUGGACUUGGAUCCUAUUUACUAAUGAUCUGGUUAUUUUUCGCCAUCGUGUUUCUCAUCUACCACUUGCUGCUGAUCCCUGACACAAAGAAAAACAGCAGCGAAGAAAUUCAAGCUUACUUCAGUGGGACACGGCAAAAUACAAAUGAAACAAUUGAAAUGGCAAAAAUGAACACCGACGCUACAGGCAUUGAAACCACAUAAAAAUGGGUGUAUAUAGUAUAAAGGGUGGGGUAUAGAUAAGACAUAUUUUCGUUCUAUUUUCUUGUGUCAUUUGGUAGUAUACGAAUAACCUUCAACGAAUUUUAAAACCGUACCCCAAAGACUUCCAUAGACUGUUAUUAAUUGUUUAAAACAAGAUCGGAAUAUUUAAAUAUUAUUUACUAAAGGUGUCCCAACUCCCCCCACCCUACUAUAAAUACACACAGAAUGCUGUGCCCUGCACUAAACCAAAGUUAAAAGUUCUGCAUAAAAGAGUAAAAGAAACAAUACGUUUA